CAGCAUGCCAUGAUUCAUUACAUGCAGCAUAUCAUAGAAUUUGGCAUCCCUAAUGGCCUUUGCUCUUCGAUAACUGAAUCACAUCACAUCACUGCAGUCAAAAAGCCAUGGCGACAUUCAAAUCAUUAUAAUGCUCUGAGUCAAAUGCUACUCACUAAUCAAUGGCUGGACAAGCUCAAUGCUUUGUGUUUGGAGCUGGUCCACAAUGGUCUAAUC